GCACAAGGUCGGUCCAGGUUCGAAUCCCGCUAGCAUUUUGACAUUCAGGCAUGGUGAAAGUCACAUACUUCAGAAGUCUCGAAGUGAAAUUCACGCACAUAAGUCUUGAGAUUUUUCAUUUUUUUAAUUGAUCAAAGCUGAUUACUUAGGAUUUUUCUUACUGACCAGCUGGGCGGUAGAAAAAGUUGAGUGAAUUCACUGAAACUUUCGUGGAAUCUUCGCUUGAUUUGACUUCAGCACAAUAGCUCUGUUUCCAGGCAACUUAGCCGCUCUUUCUGAUUUGCAGCACAUUCUAUUUAUGACGGUGUAUUGGACGUCUCUGCUUCCUACAGAUUAGGGCUAAUAAACAAUUUCCGCCCACGCUAAAAGCCGAAGAGUUGGCACUUUCCACUGUAUCAACACGGAAAUCUGGCAAGCAAGUUCAAGUUCAAUGGUACAUGUGUUUGCAAGGUUGACUGUGAAGAAAUUCAAAGAUUAGCAAAGCAAUUGAUUUUGUUUCACAUUUGAUAGGUAUUCAGCGUCAUUCAACUACAACAAAGAUUCCGUUUUCUUAAAGUCUUGCGAGGUGUUUGGCAAGGACGAUUUCAUCUGCAAAUAUCAUGCCUUUGAUGCCUGUGAAAGUCAGCUUAAGUUGUUCGGCGGUUAGGACUUUAGAAGGAUAUCCUCUGGUAUUUGGUCAGACAAAGCGUUUCUUUGAAGAUUGCGAAAUUCAACUCUCUGAAGCCUGCAAGGUGUUUAACAUGUAGGAUGAUGUAGCGGACAUGUGGUUGCAAGGAGCGAAUUAAAGAUUUCGCUUCACUGUUGCACUCUGCCUGCAACAAAACAAGUAAAUUCUUCGUCACUUGUUCGGAAUCAGCUUGAACGACAAGGAUAAUCUUCCGAAUUUCAGACUUUAGUGUGAACGCUUCUCCAUCCAAGGCUAAGGCAGGCAAAUUUGCCUUUAUUUCAAUGAUUAGGUAGGGAGAAUUGUUUUAUUGAAGCAUAAAAUUUGUUACAUCUGACAGUAGUGUCUUCUGCUUGCGGGAAAGAGGUAUAGGCUAGCUUAGAGGCAUAGAAAUGCUGAGUUCUGAUCCCCCGUACCAAAAAGUUGUCCAUUUGGAGGAUUUAUUGUAAAAGUUCAAAAGAAUUGAGAAAAGAUUGACAAGUUUAGGGAUUUACAACAUUGGCUUCUUAGGAUGCACUCACUAAAUUGAUGUAUCAGACCCAGAAGGCGAUUUUUUCCCUAUUUUGAAAUUCCUGCCUUUUGACCUCAUGUCUAAGCUUAAUAGUAAACUCAAGCUUCCCAAUCCACUUACACCCGGAGCACUAUAGCAUGAUGGAUCUAUACCUUAAAAGGUAAGGAGCUUCUUUCUAGAGUGCAAAAUAUUCAAUCUUCUGAACAAUAGUUUGGCAUAUUUAAGGACCUGCCACAAAACUUUGUGCAUCCUCGAAGUCUUUUUGCAGUUUUAUCAUUGCUAUUAACUUCUAGCUUAGACCCGCAAAUGUUCUUCUUGACAGAAAUGCAAAAUUUGCAUCCUUCUGAACAAUAGAUUGACAUAUUUAAGGGUUUCCUGCAAAGCUCUGUGCAUCCUUUGAGUUAACUUGCAGUUGUUAGAUGGCUAGCACCUUCUACCUUGCUCCAGUGAAUGAACUUCUUGCCAGAGUGCUGUUAAGCAUCUCAGAAACUACAGCUGCUGCCAAGGAUGUGACAUUGGAGAAAGAAAGCUUCAAAGAGUUUUCACUAUAUAUUGCCAGUUUGAAGCCCAUAUUGGAAGACCUCCGUGCCAGAAGAGUAAGUAUACAUUCCGAGGCCCUGAGAAUGGAAUUGGAGUCCUUACAUACUCAGCUGCAAAAAGCCUGUAAGGUAAUCCAGCGUUACAAAACAGGCAGUCGCCUACAACUUUUACUGUCAUGUAGAAAAUUGCUUCAGCAAAUGCAGGAAAUCACAAAGGAGAUUGGAGAUUGCUUGGCUCAGUUGAGCUUGGCUUCAUUGGAGAUUUCCUUGGAUGUCAGAAAGAAAACAAAUGAGCUGGGUGAGAAUAUGCAGAAUCUGGAAUUCAAAGCUGCUAAGAAAACUGAGGCUAUCAUUCAAAAGAUUGAAGAAGCCAUCAAAGAGAAACAGAGCAAUAGUCAAUACAUAAGUGAAUUGCUGUUACAGAUUGCAAAUGUUACAGGUACAUCCCUGAAUCCAACAUUCUUGGAAAAGGAAUUGCAUGACCUUAGGAAGGAAAAGGAGGAAAUGGAAUCUCGCAAGAAAGAGGCUGAAGCAUUGCAGCUUGCACAGAUCAUUGACUUCUUGUACAACUCAGAAAUGGUUUCAAAGUCCUUCUCUAUGAGCUCUCGUAGUUCUUCAAGGAUCUCAGAUCUGAAUGGGUCAUUGAGCAGAAACAGCAGCCAGGACACUGGAUAUCAAGCUGACGAAUAUUCCCUGAAAGCAUUUACUUGUCCCUUGUCAAAAGAAAUCAUGGAGGAUCCAGUGGAUUUGGUCUCUGGGCAUACAUUUGAUAGACAGGCAAUAUCAGAAUAUCUAUGUAAAGGCAAAAGAACUUGUCCUGUUUCAGGUCAGGAACUUGAAUCAUUUGAGUUGAAGCCAAAUCUUGCCCUCAAAAAUUCUAUCAAAGAAUGGAAGGAGAGGAAUAUGGAAAAUAAGCUUCAACAUGCUACUUCAAACAUUACUUCUAAGAAUUCUCAUGAGGUUAACCGUGCUUUGCAAGAUCUUGAUUCCUUAAUGGAGAAGCCUCGGAAUAGGGUCCUCAUUGCAGAAAAGGGACUUAUUCCAACCAUAGUUCAUGCAUUAAAAACUUCUGGUGGUAGCAUCAACACAUGCAUCGCAUUGAAAUGCUUGAGUUAUCUUGCAAAGGAUUCGGACCAUAACAAGGAAGCCAUCGUGAAUGCUGGUGCAAUCAAUUGUGCAGUAAAUAUGCUUGCUCAAGAUGAAGAAGCAGAUUAUGCAGUGUCACUUCUGAUGGAGCUUUCUCGUAAUUCAGCAUGCUCUAAAAAGAUAGGAAAUGCAAACAAUUGCAUUCCUUACUUAGUUGCCUUGCUUAACAGCAGGAACCCACAAACAUCACAAAAUGCUGAGACUGUCUUGGAGAAUCUCUCUAGCAACACCAAGUUUGUCGUCAGAAUGACAGAAGCAAACUUCUUCAAACCUUUCAUUAGACUAAUAGCAGAAGGGCCAAUUGACACAAGGGUUGCUUUGGCAACAGCACUCUCAAAGAUGGACCCAAACAGUCAAAGCAGAAAAGCUUUUGCUCAACAAAGCCUUGUAAAUUCUCUUGUCCAGAUGAUGUCGCAAAGUUCUCCGGAAUGCAGAUUAGCUUCCCUGCAUGCAAUUUUAAAACUAUCCAAAGUUCCCAAAAUUACGAAACGCCUUCUAUCAGCUGAUACAGUUAUUCCAUCAUUGCUUCAACUCAUUACAAUGCCUCUAGAUAAUCAUAUGAAGCAAAUUGCUGCAGAAAUUCUUGCCAAUUUAAUUGAGGCUUGCAAACCAUCCAAAUUUGAGAACAGUUCCAAGUUGCUUGUUUUGCAAUCUCAGCAAUCUAUAAGUACAUUCUUUGACCUUGUUGCUACAGUAGAAUCUGCUACUAGAGUCCAUCUUCUCCGACUACUUUAUGGAUUGGCAAUGAAAUCAGUAAAGGUCAAAGCAAUGAUACGAUGUCAGAGUAAUGCUAUCUCAACUUUGGUUUCAUUCUUUGAGGGACAGCGGCCACAAGUGAGACUUCAUGCUCUGAAACUCCUGUUUUGUCUUAUGGAAGAAAAUGCCUCAGAAAUCGAAUUAACAAAACAUCUUAAAGAUGUAGGCAUGAGAAACCUGGUAAUGAUAAUUGCAAGCUCACCAAAUGAAGAAGAAAGAGCAGCAGCUGCAGGUAUUCUUGGUAGAUGUCCAACCAGUGAUCCAAUGUUGGCCGAAAUGCUUCAGAAAACUGAGGCUCUGAAUGUAAUUGUCGAGAUUAUUUCUGCAAAGGAUCUACACAUUAAAAAGAAAAUGAGUGGUGAUAGUGAUGCUCUUCUAGAAAAUGCAUUGGGAGCUCUGCUUCAUUUCACUUCACCUUCAAAUUUUGAAUUGCAAACUUGUGUUGCUGGACUUGAGAUUCUUCCCUUGCUAGUUCAUAUUCUGUCAACGGGAAGUUCUCUAGCGAAAGAAAGGGCAGCAACGGCACUAGGUCAACUUUCCAAAACCACUUUACGGAGAACAGAACCAAUGUUAUUGCAAAAUCAACCACAGAGUUAUUUACCCUUUCAAUUUUCCCAAUUUCUACCAAUGUGGUGUUGCAAACAACCAUUAAACUAUGAUGUUCUUUGCUCGGUCCAUAGAAGGGACUGUUCAAACAAAAAUUCUUUUUGUCUUAUUAAGGCAGAUGCUGUGGAGCCACUGUUGAACACUGUUCGAGAAACCAGAUCAGGAGCAGCUGAGGCUGCACUGGAAGCUCUUGACACACUUUUGCAAGAAGAAAUUGUUGACUUUGGAGCCCAAGCUAUUGUGGAAUCCAAUGGCAUACCGCUCAUUCUGGAAGUGUUAGAGAGGGGAACUGCUCCAGCAAAGCAAAAGGGAAUUGAAGUGCUCGAGAAGAUAUUCCCACCUUCAGAAAGGAGUUCUCCGAAUAGUGAAAUGGCUCGCAAAGUUCUCAUUGAGCUGCUUCAGCAAGGGACACCUUUGAUGAAAAAGAAAGCAGCAGCGAUUUUGAACAAAAUGGAUAUACUGCCUACACAGUCCUCUUAUUUUUGAAGAUAAUGAAUGGAGGACAAUCACAAAGUAAUGGCAGUAGAUGUUUCAAGACUUAAGGAAAAUUUGGGCACAAAUGCAAAAGACAAAUUGACCUGACUUCUUUAAUGGUACAAGGAUAGAGAUUUGCCCUUAGUCCAUCCUUUGGCCUUGUUCAAACAAUCAACCAUUUUGUAGACCUGCAAUGCACAGUUUUCUAAUAAAAUUAUUUGUUUCUCAUCCUAUGUUGAGAAGCAUUGCAGUAAUGCAUACAUCUUAUGUAUGGUGCAGUCCAAUCACACAAAGGUGAUUAGUAUCGCAUCAAAUAUUGUCAGAAGUUGGAACCUACAAAGACAUAAAGGAGCCAAUAUUGUAGCAAUGCGGCAAUGUUGUAACUCAGAUGAGCAGCAACCCUGAAAAGUAAAGUCCCAGCAUGCAAGUGCGGGAACAUGUUCUAUAAGUGCCCCCUCCAAUGCAGAAAAUGCACUCAUUCAAUUCUGGGCGGUUGGAAAUUAAAGGUCAAAGUAUGAAUAAUUUUGGCAACUAUCAUGCAAAUGUAUAUAAAUGCUGUAUCAGUAUUUUGUAUUUCACAUAUUUAUAGAAUUAUAUUGAAAUAUCAAUGAUAUGUUCCAGAAAUGCUUCCAUUUACAGGAGCUUGUAUAAAUUUAAAAGGCUUUGAUUUAGAUAUAGAACAAACAUCAGAUACAGUCAUCUUCAUGAUCAAGAUCUACAAUCAUCUGUAUACCGCAGGAGAAUCUUAAAGACAUUUAUAGGUGUGCCAUAUAUACAAAAUUCCAAAUAGCAAUCGUAUUUUUGGUUC